AUGAGAGUUACAAAUGACAAAGCCGAGAUCGAUAUUAUCAGCGAUGCUAAGCACCAUCUCGAGUUACCUGUUGUCGACAGCCUAGGCUCUACUACAUCACAAAAGAACGUUGGCUCUGAGGACUCGGUUUAG